ACAAGAGAAAGGAGGAACCUGGAGGAUGCUUAAAUACCAGGCUUGCUUUCUUUAGUCAGCCUGCAGCAGAUCCAGCUUCCAGGUCAACAUGAAGGCUCUCCUCACCCUGGGAUUCCUCUUGCUUUCUGUCACUGUCCAGGCUAAGGUCUAUGAACGCUGUGAGUUCGCCAGAACUCUGAAAAGAAAUGGAAUGGAUGGCUACAGGGGAGUCAGCCUGGCCAACUGGGUGUGCUUGGCUCAGCAUGAGAGUAACUAUAACACACGAGCUACAAACUACAACCCUGGAGACAAAAGCACUGACUAUGGGAUAUUUCAGAUCAAUAGCCGAUACUGGUGCAAUGAUGGCAAAACCCCGAGAGCAGUGAACGCCUGUGGGAUACCCUGCAGUGCUUUGCUCCAGGAUGACAUCACUCAAGCCAUACAAUGUGCAAAGAGGGUUGUGAGGGAUCCACAAGGCAUUAGAGCAUGGGUGGCAUGGAGAAACUACUGUCAAAACCGAGAUCUCACCCAGUAUCUUCGGAACUGCAGAUUGUAACUGCCAUGUGCUUCCAGUUCAGCUCAUUCUGUCUCUUUCUCGCUCUAGAAGUAGUUACAGGAAAGGUCACACUUCCUUGGUUUCCCCUCAUAUAAGCAGCCUUUGAAAAGAAUCAAGAGCAAAAUGGAGACUGUUUCCCAAGAGGCUUAAUGCUGACUAAUGUGUUCACUGUUUUAAGAAAAACCUCCAUUUUUUUCAUUAACCCAUGCAGCAGAUGCUGGUGACAGUGGUCUAACACUUCAAUAGUCACACACAUCUCUAUCAGUUCUUCACAGAUGAAGUCACUCACAUGUACUUUCUUUAAACUUAAUCUUCAUCUCUCCCUUGUUGGAUUCACACACAUCAAAUCUUAAGAAGACAAGUUGAUCUUGGGUGAAAUGGCAGCUGUAUGAGUUCCCAGGCCUUGUGUAUGAUCUCAGAAUUCAGGCAGUUUGAACAACCACAGUGUGUGGCAAGGUGGGUUUUUAAGGGAACAGAACUCUGGGUGGAUAGAACUGAGAUUGCCUCACUCAGAAACUUGUAAUGAAAUGUGUGACCUUUCAAAAACAUUUUCUUAGAUUUGGCCACUUAUACUGCUUAAAAGUAAGUUCUCAACUCAUGUAUCAGUCUGUUUUAAUUCUUGUGAGAAUGUUCCCAUUCCUCUUGCUGAUCAUGAGGUCUUCCAGACUAGACUGUGCUAGCUCUUAGCUUUCUUAAAGUAACUUCAAGCAUAUCAGCUAACUCUGAGACUGAUGAGUUUGGAUUGGCAAAACUAAGUGCAUUGUGAAAAAUUACAAAUACCCAUUAAACAAUUUAAAU